AUGAUCCCGCUCCAGCAUGAAGUUCCACCAACAAAUGAAUUUAAGAUCAAUAUGAAAUUGGAAGCAUUAGAUCCACGAAACGUGACAUCAACUUGUAUCGCCACAGUAGUAGGUGUUCUUGGACCACGAUUAAGAUUAAGAUUAGAUGGCUCCGAUAACAAGAAUGAUUUCUGGCGGUUGGUCGAUAGUAACGAAAUACAUCCGAUAGGCCACUGUGAGAAAUCUGGUGGGAUGCUUCAGCCGCCACUAGGCUUCCGGAUGAAUGCUUCCAGUUGGCCAAUGUUCCUCCUAAAAACUUUAAAUGGUGCUGAAAUGGCACCAGCUAAAGUAUUCAAACGUGAACCAAAGACGCCACGCUCUAAUUUGUUUGAGGUCGGACACAAAUUAGAAGCAAUCGAUAAAAAGAAUCCACAGCUUAUAUGCACUGCAACCGUUGGCGCAAUUAAUGACGAAUUGAUACAUAUUACGUUUGAUGGUUGGCGCGGUGCUUUUGAUUACUGGUGUCGUUAUGAUUCUCGAGAAAUUUUCCCUGCGGGGUGGUGCUUCAAAAGUGGACAUCCAUUGCAGCCUCCAAGACAAAAAUCAGGUUCAAACAAGGGAUUUAGAGGAUCUAAAGCCAACAGUAAUGUUUUUCUUGUAAUGGCGGUUGGCCCUGGAAAUAGCAAUAACAGAGAUUCUGCAGUUGCAUUAGUAACACCUGCAGGCUCAAGUGCACCAUUACAGCCAGCUACGGAACCUGACACUAGCACAGUCAAUACUAAACCGCUUGAAAACGUUACGCUUUAUGUCAACCAUAAAUGUCUCUGUGGGCCAUAUUUUGAUCUUCGAAAAGUGAGAGCCCUACCAGCGAAAUUUGGCACUGGUCCUAUGACAAAUGUUGUAAGAGAAAUCUUCCAAGCAUUUUUAAUGGCAGCCUUGAAUCCCAAGCAAAUGUUGGGUUUACUGAGAAAUGGUGAUGGCGAAAUUGUAACUUUGAGUAUGGGAACUUUGAAGAAACCUGCCUCCAUCAAAUUACCUCAUUUCUUGGAAGAAGAAGACUUUUAUGCCUACAUUAGGCAACAACUUGAGGACCUCCGUGCAUGUGAAUACAUGUUAACUAAAAGAAAAGAACCUUGCAGCAAGUGUCUCACAUCUUCGCUACAACAACCACAAUCCACUAAUGAUGAAGAAGCAAAUAACUCCAUAGGAGAGAAACGAAGGUGGUCAUCGGAAAGUCAACAAAAUUUAACGCCAACUCAGCAACAGCAUGUUCAGCAAACUCCGGUGCAAAGUAUAAAUAAUUCUACAGAACCAUCUCCUCCAUCUUCAAAGCAACCUCGCAAAUCUGUUCCCGAAUUGGAAGCAGCGACGUCUACUACUCAAUCGAAUGAAGCCUCUGGAAGUCGCACUCUUCCCAGUGAACCAGCGGAUUGGACUAUUGAAGAUGUAAUACAUUUUAUUGCCAUUACAGAUCCAGUAUUAGGACAACAUGCAGAUUUAUUCAGGAAGCAUGAAAUUGAUGGCAAGGCCCUACUUCUUCUCAAUAGUGAUAUGAUGAUGAAGUACAUGGGACUAAAACUUGGGCCAGCACUCAAGAUUUGUAAUUUGGUAAACCGUAUUAAAGGUAGAAGACAUACACAUAUGUGAUUUUCUCACAUAAAUACUGUAUGAUCUGAAACA